UUUCGCCGCCGCCUCCGAGCGAGUUGCGGUGUGUUUCCCGGGUGUCUCUCUGAGGAAGGCCGCGGCUGCGGACGGUCCUAAGAGGGCUGUGCUUUCUGGCACCAGGAGGAGAACGCCGGUCCGAAGAAGACUUCUGAAUCAUGGGUGAUGUGAAGAAUUUUCUGUAUGCCUGGUGUGGCAAAAGGAAGAUGACCCCAUCCUAUGAAAUUAGAGCAGUGGGGAACAAAAACAGGCAAAAAUUCAUGUGUGAGGUUCGAGUGGAAGGUUUUAAUUAUACUGGCAUGGGCAAUUCCACCAAUAAAAAAGAUGCACAGAGCAAUGCUGCCAGAGAUUUUGUUAACUAUUUGGUUCGGAUAAAUGAAGUAAAGAGUGAAGAAGUCCCAGCUGUUGGGGUAGCACCUCCCCCACCUCCACUUACUGAUACACCUGAUGACACGGCGAAUGCGAGUGGGAGUUUGCCAACAACCAUGGGAGGACCUCUUCCUCCACAUUUGGCUCUUAAGGCAGAAAAUAAUUCUGGAGCCUCUGGCUAUGGUCCUCCUGGGCCUACCUGGGAUCGAGGAGCCAAUUUGAAAGAUUAUUAUUCAAGAAAGGAAGAACAAGAAGUACAAGCGACUUUAGAGUCAGAAGAAGUGGAUUUAAAUGCUGGGCUUCAUGGAAACUGGACAUUGGAAAAUGCUAAGGCUCGUCUGAACCAGUAUUUCCAAAAAGAAAAGAUCCAAGGAGAAUAUAAGUACACCCAAGUGGGUCCUGAUCACAACAGGAGCUUUAUUGCAGAAAUGACCAUUUAUAUCAAGCAGCUGGGCAGAAGGAUUUUCGCACGUGAACAUGGAUCAAAUAAAAAACUGGCAGCACAGUCCUGUGCUCUGUCACUUGUCAGACAACUCUACCAUCUUGGAGUAAUUGAAGCUUACUCUGGACUUACAAAGAAGAAAGAAGGAGAGACAGUGGAGCCUUACAAAGUAAACCUCUCACAAGAUUUAGAGCAUCAGCUGCAGAACGUCAUUCAGGAGCUAAAUCUUGAGAUCGUGCCCCCACCUGAGGAUCCUUUUAUGCCUGUUGCACUUAACCUUGGCAAAUUAGCUCACUUUGAGCCAUCUCAGCGACAAAACCAAAUUGGUGUGGUUCCUUGGUCACCUCCACAAUCCAACUGGAAUCCUUGGACUAGUAGCAACAUUGAUGAAGGACCACUGGCUUAUGCUACUCCAGAACAAAUCAGCAUGGACCUCAAGAAUGAGUUAAUGUACCAGCUGGAACAGGAUCAUGAUUUGCAAGCAAUCUUACAGGAGAGAGAGUUGCUGCCUGUGAAGAAAUUUGAAAGUGAAAUCCUGGAAGCAAUUAGUCAGAAUUCAGUUAUCAUUAUCCGAGGUGCUACUGGAUGUGGUAAAACUACACAGGUUCCACAGUUUAUUCUAGAUGACUUCAUCCAGAAUGACCGAGCAGCAGAGUGUAAUAUUGUUGUAACUCAGCCCAGGAGAAUAAGUGCAGUCUCCGUGGCUGAGCGAGUUGCAUAUGAGAGAGGAGAAGAGCCUGGGAAAAGCUGUGGCUACAGUGUUCGAUUUGAGUCCGUCCUUCCCCGCCCUCAUGCCAGCAUAAUGUUUUGUACUGUCGGUGUGCUUCUAAGAAAAUUAGAAGCAGGCAUUCGAGGAAUCAGCCAUGUAAUUGUGGAUGAAAUACACGAAAGAGACAUAAAUACUGACUUCCUUUUGGUAGUGUUGCGUGAUGUGGUUCAGGCUUAUCCUGAAGUUCGCAUUGUUCUUAUGUCUGCUACUAUUGACACCAGUAUGUUCUGUGAAUAUUUCUUCAAUUGCCCCAUCAUUGAAGUUUAUGGGAGGACUUACCCAGUUCAAGAAUAUUUUUUGGAAGACUGUAUUCAGAUGACCCACUUUGUUCCUCCACCAAAAGACAAGAAGAAGAAGGAGAAGGAUGAUGAUGGUUUUGAGGAUGAUGAUGCAAAUUGCAACUUGAUCUGUGGUGAUGAGUACGGUCCAGAAACAAGGAUGAGCAUGGCACAGUUGAAUGAAAAGGAAACCCCUUUUGAACUCAUUGAGGCUCUGCUCAAGUACAUUGAGACCCUCAAUGUCCCUGGAGCGGUGUUGGUGUUUCUGCCUGGCUGGAAUUUGAUUUAUACCAUGCAAAAGCAUUUGGAGAUGAAUCCACAUUUUGGAAGCCAUAGGUAUCAGAUUCUACCUUUGCAUUCGCAGAUUCCUCGAGAGGAACAGCGCAAAGUAUUUGAUCCUGUACCAAGUGGAGUAACCAAGGUUAUUUUGUCCACAAAUAUUGCCGAGACUAGCAUUACCAUAAAUGAUGUUGUUUAUGUCAUUGACUCCUGCAAGCAGAAGGUGAAGCUGUUCACUGCUCAUAACAAUAUGACCAACUAUGCUACAGUGUGGGCAUCCAAAACUAACCUUGAGCAGCGGAAAGGACGAGCUGGCCGCGUUCGUCCUGGAUUCUGCUUUCACCUGUGUAGCCGAGCUCGUUUUGAGAGACUUGAAACCCACAUGACACCUGAAAUGUUCCGAACACCAUUGCAUGAAAUUGCUUUGAGCAUAAAACUUCUGCGUCUGGGAGGAAUUGGCCAAUUCCUGGCCAAGGCAAUUGAACCUCCACCUUUGGAUGCUGUGAUCGAAGCAGAGCACACUCUUAGAGAACUUGAUGCAUUAGAUGCCAAUGAUGAAUUGACUCCUCUGGGACGAAUCCUGGCUAAACUCCCCAUUGAGCCUCGUUUUGGCAAAAUGAUGAUAAUGGGGUGUAUUUUCUACGUGGGAGACGCCGUCUGUACCAUUUCUGCUGCCACCUGCUUUCCGGAGCCGUUCAUCAGUGAAGGAAAGCGACUGGGUUAUGUUCAUAGAAAUUUUGCCGGAAACAGAUUUUCUGAUCAUGUGGCCCUUUUAUCAGUCUUCCAAGCUUGGGAUGAUGCUAGAAUGGGUGGAGAAGAAGCAGAGAUACGUUUUUGUGAGCACAAGAGACUCAAUAUGGCCACGCUAAGAAUGACCUGGGAAGCCAAAGUUCAGCUCAAAGAGAUUCUGAUUAAUUCCGGAUUUCCAGAAGAUUGCUUGUUGACACAAGUGUUUACUAACACCGGACCGGACAAUAAUUUGGAUGUUGUUAUCUCUCUCCUGGCUUUCGGGGUGUACCCUAAUGUGUGCUAUCAUAAGGAAAAGAGAAAGAUUCUCACCACUGAAGGGCGUAAUGCACUUAUCCACAAGUCAUCUGUUAAUUGUCCUUUCAGCAGCCAAGACAUGAAGUACCCAUCUCCCUUCUUUGUUUUUGGUGAAAAGAUUCGAACCCGAGCCAUCUCUGCUAAAGGCAUGACCUUAGUCACCCCCUUGCAGUUGCUUCUCUUUGCCUCCAAGAAAGUCCAGUCUGAUGGGCAGAUUGUGCUUGUGGAUGACUGGAUUAGACUGCAAAUAUCUCAUGAGGCUGCUGCCUGUAUCACUGCUCUCCGGGCAGCCAUGGAGGCCCUGGUUGUUGAAGUAACCAAACAACCUAAUAUCAUCAGCCAGUUGGACCCUGUUAAUGAGCAUAUGCUGAACAUGAUCCGCCAGAUUUCUAGGCCAUCAGCUGCCGGUAUCAACCUCAUGAUUGGCAGUACGCGGUAUGGAGAUGGUCCACGUCCUCCCAAGAUGGCUCGAUAUGACAACGGAAGUGGAUAUAGAUGGGGAACCUCUGGUUAUGGUGGUGGAGGCUAUGGCAGCGGAGGCUACGGAGGUGGCGGAGGCUAUGGUGGUGGUAGUGGAGGCUUUGGUGGCAGCGGCUUUGGUAGUGGCCCCAACUCCUUUCGGUCUGGCUUUGGUGGAGGCUAUAGGGGAGGUGCCCGAGGUGGCUUCAGAGGUGUCUCAGGAGGAGACUACAGAGGGGGUGGUGGCGGCGGCUUCAGAGGGUCUGGGGGAUUCCAGCAGGGGGGUAUGAGAGGGGGAUUUGGGGGUGGUUACUUUGGACAAGGACGAGGUGGUGGGGGCUAUUAAAGCUUGGUUAUGUCAGUUCCCAUCCAUAGACAGUAAAAAAAAAAAAAAAAAAAAUUUUUUUUUUUUUGCAUGCUACCCAUUUUCCCAAGUUUAUUUGAUGCCAGUAAGUAAACCCAUUUUCCAUCCAUUGUGUGGUUCGUUAUAGUUUAAGGAAACCAAGCAUAUAGCUAGAUCCAUUAGUGGUUUUGUUUAUAUUAUGUAAAAUAUAAUGAUCUGUUAUAAAAGUACCACAGUUUGUAUUUUUUCUUUAAGGAGUAAAGAUUUGCCCUUAAAAUUAACUUGAUAUUUUCUUGGCUUUAGUUUACUACAAUAGAAAAUAAAGUAUUAUACCAAAUACUGGCCAUGUAGUUCAUUGUUGACCUUAUACAGUAGACUUAUUUUACAGUGCCAGUUACAUCUAUUAGUUUUAAGCUUCACAGGAAAAAUUGUGCUUUCAGUUUUCUAAUGUAUACCAAGUGAUAGUUCCUACAUGUUGUAGUUAGAAUAAAUAGUCUUGAAAUGGAAUUGUUAUUACAGCAAAUUCUGGCCAGUACACAAUUUCACAUGGACCUCUGCACUUGAAUAAAACUUUUGACCUAGGGCUGAACAUUUUGACUUUUUCCCCAAGCUUUUUCUUUGAAAAAUCUAAGACCAGGGUUAGCUUUUUCUUUAGUUAGUUUGUAGUGUAAAAAUUAAUUUUAAUUAGAAUUUUAAAAUUAACCCACAAAACUCUUUAACGGUUAGAAGUCAAAGCUAAAUGAAGCUUCACCAAUGGAUCAAUGGAUUUUAGUAGAGAUAUUUAUACAUUUAUAACACUAUAUGGUUUUCAAUAAAUUUUCACGCUUCUGACUUGAGAAAUAGCACAGUACAGGAGAGAUUACAAAGGCUUUGGAUUGAGUAGAAUUAGCCUCAUGUCUUAAAGCUGCAGAUCUCAAGAUUGUAUCUCUGACUGCGAUUUCCUUUCUGAGCAUCAGAUCAUAUUAACAACUGCUGCUUGGAUAUCGCACA